UUGACACUUUGGACCAAGAUGCGAACGUUUGACGUUGUGAUCUUCGGUGCCUCUGGGUACACAGGGGAGCACAUCGCUGUGGAGUGGGCAAGAGUGUAUGGAAGCACGACUCGAUGGGCAUUAGCUGGUCGCAGCAAGAAGAAGCUUGAAGCGACAAGGGCUAUGAUACUGGACAAGGUGCGAGGUGUGCACGACGUCCCCAUUGUGCUUGCCGACGCGCUCGACGAGCUCGCGUUGACAGCGAUGUGUCAAUCCACAACCCUUGUGAUCAAUUGCACCGGUCCGUUUCGACUGUUUGGGGAGCCGGUCGUUCGAUGCUGCGUGGCGGCGGGCACGCAUUACGUGGACAUAAGUGGCGAGCCGCAAUUCAUUGAAACGAUGAUGCUGCGGUACAACGAGGACGCUAGGAAGAACGCGUGCGUCGUCGUGAGUGCAUGUGGCUUUGACAGCGUGCCAUCCGACCUGGGCACCGUGUUCACCGCGCAGCAGUUUCCCAAAGGUGGCGCGUGCAGCAGCAUCGAAGCGUUCAUUUCGACAGAUGGGAAGCGAGCCCAUGCGACCACAUACGAGUGCAUCGUGCUUGGGUUGGCCGCCGCGGACGAGUUGAAGACGCUUCGCGGCAACGUUGCCCCGAUUCCAUACGUGGGACCUAAAUUGACCCUUCGAAACGUGGGCUACGACCGCCGCGUCCAGAAAUAUGUGGUGAAAUUCCCAGGUGCCGACGCGUCCAUCGUCCGCAACAGCCAGCGCUACCUCGUCUCGACCAAGGACGGCGCCAUUCCUAGUCGUUUUGCCAUUUACGCAACGUUUGAAAGCGUCUGGACGUUGGUGUACCUCGUCGUUGGCGGGCUGUUUCUCAUUUCUCUUGGGUCGUUCAAAGCUGGUCGGGCGCUGCUGAUCCAAUACCCUCAAGUGUUUACGUUUGGGUUCUUUAACCACGCUGGGCCGACGGAAGAGGAGCUGGCUACGACCAGCUUUACCUUUCAGUUUUAUGCCAAGGGGUACACGAACAUCCAGAGUGCCGGGACUGCCAGCCCCGACUGGCAAGUCGUGACCACAGUCCACGGGCCCGAGCCAGGGUACAUCGCGACAUCUCGCAUGGUCACGCGGUGCGCCAAGGUGCUCUUGGACGGACAUGUGGUGCCUCGUGGGGUGUUGACGACGGCGUCCGCGUUUGGCGACACGCCGCUCAUCUCGGAAUUGCAACAAGCUGGUAUUACGUUUACAGUAGACUCGUGUGGCCCUGUGCAGCCGGAGUCGUUCUAGUCGUUCUACUGUUUAUCGUACGGACCAGUACCCACGAUUUUGCCUUAUCGAGUUGUACCCAAAUUGCUGUAUGGUGGUGUCUAAUAUAG